AUGGAAGGGUAUAAUCCGGGGUAUCAUGGCUAUAGCCAUCAGCAGCAGCAGCAAGCCCAGCAGCAGCAGGCCCAGCAACAGCAACAGCAGCAACAGCAGCAGUUGUACGGUGGUGGUAGCCAUCCUCCUCCUGGCCAAGGGACCCCCCACCAACACCCCCCUCAUCAUCAUAUCCUCGCCCCUCAGCAGCAGCCUCAGCAGGGUUUCUAUGGCUCCCAGCACUCAGGAUAUUCCUACAACUUCAAUUACAUACCUCCUUCGCCCUCGCAGUACGGCUCUCCUACUACUUCUACAUCUGCCUCUAGACCUCAUCACAGCGCUCAUAACAACCAUCGACACCACCAUCAUCACCACCACCAACAGCAGCAGCAGACCAUCAUGCAUCCUCCUGGCAGUGGUGGUAGUAGUGGCAGUGGUGGUGGAUACCCCCCUCAGGCCUAUACCACCUCUCCCCACAACAGCCACCAUCAUCCUCCUCUCCCUCCCAUGGCGUCUCAACAACAACAGCCCCUCCACCAGCAUCACCGACAGCAAUACAGCUCUCCCUCUGCUGCUAACAACUACUCGGCCACUGCUCGCUCCUCCGCUUCCAACUCCACCUCCUCAUCUCCCCGCUAUAACCCCUCCCAUUCCAGCUCCCACCAACCUCAACACUUCUACCAAUCUCGACCACAACCUCCAGCUCAACAGCAUCGCCAGACCUCCUACCCUUCACAUCCUUCCUCUGCUGCUGCUUCUGGCUCUGUAUAUACUGCUGCCACCCAAUCUACCUCUUCUUCCAGAGGUGUUCAAGCUCCUAAUACCAUUGAAGAAGCUCUCCAGUAUACUCCUCUCGCUUCUAUCCAACCGUUUCACGGACAUAUCAUCCCUAUUCCAACUAUCGACGGUUCUGCUCUCGCUGCGAAAUCCGAACAAGUCGGUAGGAAGGUUUUGAAAGACUUCAACAAGCUGGACCCUAUGUCAAAGAGGUUUAGGACGGCUACGAGCGAUAUCAGUGGUUAUAUCAACAAUACUAUUGAGAAAAAGGGUCUACAGCUUGAAUUUAAAAAAUCCAAGCUUGGGUCUCCACUCAAUACUGGUACUACUACUAAAACUACGGUUGAAGACUUGCUCCAGAAUUCUGGACUUGGGACUUUUGAAACCGCUAUCCUCCAUAAACUUCCUACGUACAAUCAGAAACCCUCUAAAAGAUCACCUCUCUCUACCUUAGAAGACUCUCAACAGUCUCUGAACCAACCUCCUACCGUUGUUCCCAAGGUCAAGACUCCUUCGAAGCCGCCAAAGACUACUACCCACGCCCCAUCUACACACCAACGGCCACCACUACCACAGUCACAACCUUCUCCUCUCCCCCCAACAGAGGUUUCAGGCUCUCGUUCUAAUUUCUACAUUGAGAUACCUCCUGUUUCUUCCUCUCGGAGUAAUAUCAAUGGCUACGACAGAUCCUUGACUCCAACAAAAUUACAACAGGAGCGAGAUACCACUCCGACUCAUAAGGCUAAGCCACUUAUUUCCGACCAUCAUUCAUCUGGGCAGCUUCUUGCUGCAAUCGUGCUCCCACCACCAAAAGAAGGGUUCACACCGGCAGAUUACUCUACCCAUCAGGAAGCUGAUGCACGCAUUCUAAUACCCGAUAACUUCAAAUCAAGGAAGCGACGCAAGCUAGCAGACCAAGACGAGCACGAAGCACAAAUUUCGAGUGUAGACACCCGUGCAAAGGCUGAAUCUGCAAUAAAUAACCUACAAGCUAUUUUGAUUAGGAUCUUCGAAGACGAGGACAAUCUUCAACCGGAUACCUCUGGGAACGUGCUCGCGACUUCUUCUGGGUCAUUUAUACCUCCUGGGGCCCUUGGAUACUCUGCAGAAGCGACUGGUCAGUGCCUUUCUGUUGGCACACAGGUGAAACUUGACCACGCUAUUAGGCAGGUUACUUUAUAUAACCGGCUGGACAGAAUGGACCUCGAUGAUCUGCUUCGUCUCUUGAAAACUUGUGAUAAUACUCUGAAAGUUGCAGAAAACCUAGAUGUCAAAGUGAGCGAAGACGUCGGAGAGCCAUCAGAGGUAGGGGGCCCCGUAUCCGAGUGGGAUAAGAAAAUAGCGUUCGCGGAGAACUCGGUAAAGGCAUGUAGAACUAUCCUACGGGUUAUGAACGGCGGGCGACAAGAAAAACAGCUGUAUUCUGAGGAGCUUCUGACAUCUAUCCACACCGUCAUCAAGAAUCUUCUGGAAGGGUCAAUUGUACCUCUAAUCGCCCUUCGAUCAGACAGGGAAGAGGCUUUUAAAGCUGUUAUGUCUAAAAAGAAGCUCCUGAGGGACCUGCUGCAAGAUACAACAAAGAUCAUCAAGCUCCUGACUCAGCUGAUCUCGAAUCAAGAGGUUACUGAGGAUUUUCUGAUCAAAAUGAUCUAUACCUCUGUCGCUUUGGUGUUUAUCGAUAAUGCCACAAGCGACAAAGACUCUGUGUUCGGGGUUAAAAAGGUAGAAAAUCUUAGAUUAGCGGCAAUGAAUGCUCUUGCAAAGAUUUUUGCGAGGCACCCUGACCAAGGCGACGGCAUCAUCAACGAGGUUCUCAGCAAUCUGGAGAGAUUGCCGGUUGGCCGUCAGAGCGCGAAAAACUUCCAGAUCCCUGGUAAUGAAAGCAUCCAACUUAUCAGUGCUUUCAUGAUGAACCUAGUUCAAUCCGCAGGGACAUACCAGGAACGAGCUAAUGGAUCCAACUCCCGGAACGCGGUGGAUUCUGACGAAGAGAUGGCUAAUGGUGGUAACUCCGAGGAUGGGCCCGCGAAAGGCAGCUCUCACUCGCGAGACGCGGAAACCGUCGUGAUGAAAUUAGAAGAAGUUAUCAUGCGUUCAAUGAAAACUGCUCAGGAGAAAACCGCCUAUGUCACGUCCUACAUAGUAAACAGGGCAUUGAAUACUGCUAAAUCUUCGGAUACAAGUAACUCCAGGAACUUAUUAGAUCUAAUGGUUGAAGAUUUCCUUGAAGUUCUCGACAACCCGGAAUGGCCAGCUGCCGAGUUGUUUUUAAAGAUAAUUUGCAUUAAGAUGAUCCACACUGUUGAUGAUCCAAAGGCAUCUGUCCCGGCUAAAUCUGCCGCCCUCGAAGUUUUGGGGAAGCUUGGGUCCAAGAUCAGCUCCUUGUUCAGCCAUCUCAAGAAGAUCCACGGAGACCGAAAUCCCUCUAGCUCUACAAUAGAUGGAAUACUUUCUGUUAUAACUGAUAAUUACAUCGAUUAUCACACUAAUACUGAUGGCAAAGCCGGUCAUGAAUUGAAAGAGGAACGAGACGCCGUAUUUCGCAAGAUGAUACUAUGGAAGGGCCCUUUCAGAAUGAUUCUGGAGCAUCUUUGGGGUAGGGACCAAAAAGAAGAUGCUGAUAAUCUUCAGACUGCUUGGGGGUUCUUCGCGUCUGUGUGGGCAAGUAGGCUCGUCGCGGGUUUCCAGCAAUGCCAGGAAGUGGAUGCCUCCCUGGCAUCCGACAUAGGCCGCGUGUCGAGCGACUUAUAUGGGAUGAUUACGGAAAAGGCAUGGUAUUUUUAUGAUGAUGAAGUCAACGACAGAGGCGCUUUUAAAAAUGACCCUACGCCAAUGCAAAUCCGACAGGCGUACUUGCUCAUCAUCCUUGCUGGGGAUUUCUGCAGUCAUAGGCUCCUCAUUUUAGCCCGGUUGAUCUACAGCAUUGGCGGAGACCAAACUUCGGCUCGAAGCAAGGGUCUCAAAGCGUUGAUGAAUAUAGUAGAGCAGGAUACAUCUAUUCUUGAAGACAAGGGCCUCAUCCCUACCUUGCUAGAUCGGUGUAAAGAUGCAUCUCCAUCAGUUCGCGACUCUGCUCUAGACAUCAUCGGCAAAUGCCUCAACCUAAAACCUGAACUUGAGCCUCGAGUCUUGCCUACCAUUUGCACCAGAGCGCACGAUAUGAAUAUCCCCCUUCGCAAGAGGGCCAUAAAGCUCCUUCGAGAGAUCUACCCCAACACAAAUUUCCCAGAGCACAAGGUGGAUAUCGCGAAGUGCCUACUUAUGAGGGUCGUGGACCAUGAAUCUGCGGUAGCGGAGCAAGCUCGAAAGUCAUUCGAGGAACUCUGGAUUAAUCAAUUUUAUCCACAACUUCGGGAUGGCGAAGAUGGCGAGCUAAGCUUGAAGGGAAAGGUCAUAAUUAGAGAGCGAGUGAGCGUUAUAACCAAAGUGGCAAUCACGAACGAAAAGCUCGACGCGCCUCUCAGCAGCUUGAUCCAAUAUUUUCUAGACCACGAAAACAAACAAGUGGAACAGAACUCCAAAGUGUGCAGGUUGAUGGUGCAGGCCCUUUUUGAUGACCUCGUCGAUUCAACAGGCAACGAUGAGGAUAAGCUACGUCGACAGAGUAUCAUGCGCACGCUGGUGGUUUUCGCAAGGGCGUCGGCGAGUUUGUUCAGAGUCGACCAACUAGAUAUUCUGAAGCCGUACAUUAAAAACCUAAGCUCUACGGACGAUAUGGCUAUCUAUAGAUCUGCAAUUGUGAUCUUCAGAUGUGUUCUACCUGGCCUUUCGGCUGCUCACUCGAAGUUCCUAGAAGACGUUGCAACCGCUUUGCUUUCCAAUGUCUCGAAGCUUCCCAUGACCGAGUUGCAGGAAGCGAUUUUCUGCCUUUCCGAAAUCAACAAAUCUUACGACAUCAGCGGUCGAUUAAUUGCUGUUUUCUGUUCGAGUUUCAACAUCUUGAAGCCGUAUUUCACGGCUGAUACUAGCAAGCUUGACGCUCAAGUGUUAAGGAAGAUAUCCCGGUUAAUCUGCAUCGUUGGCCUUGUCGGGAAUUACUGCCCACUUGAAAGAUACAGCAAAGAAAUCCGCCUCAGACUCGCUAAAGGCAACGUCACUUUUAAAACCCCUAGUGUCUCUGAAUUCAUCGUGGAUACUAUGCUGCGCUUUGCUAAUGAGAAUGCUGAUCCGAGCGUUCGUAAGGCAGCACUUGAAGCAGUUGGAAAUGUUGCCAAAACCCACCCUGAACAAUACAUGAGACUAGAAGUUACCGGUGCCUUCGAAGAGGUCUUCAAAUCAGACCAAAAGGAAUUCAAGUCAUUGGUAUUAAAAAGUCUAUUCGACUUUUUGAGUGCCGAAGAAAGAAGUUCUGAAGAAGCGCUAAAGAAAGGCAAGGCUCCGGCAGCGUCAAAGGAGAGUGUCGCAAACGCUGACUACGAUCCUGGGAGGCUGACUGGUGCUAGUACCGCGACUUCAAGAGAUGGUGUUUCUACGGCUCUUGCACAAACGUUCUUACACUAUAUCGUUGAUAUCGCUUUGAGCGCUGUCGAUGAUUACGGGUAUGCUGCGGUUGAGCUCACCGGUUCUGUUUUAAGGCAGGGAUUAGUACAUCCAAAAGAGUGUACACCUGCCUUGGUAGCGUUGAUGACCUGCCCCGACGCUAGGAUAGAGAACGUGGCUAAGAGAGAACUCAAAACACUGGCCCAAAAGCAUGAGAGUAUUGUUGAAAGGGCCUAUAUGGAAGGUUUCCGACUCGCGUUUAAGUACCAGUUGGAGGUCAUUGAAUCGGGGGACGGUGCCGACAGCACCACGUACAGUUCCAAGCUUGCGAACCUAUACGCUCUUACCGUCGCCAGCAGGAAAGUGAAAAAGAAGUUUCUCGGGAAUCUGUUGGCAGCGCUGGAAUUCGAUCCUAAUAAGCUCCAGGUAUCGGCUACUCCAUCGCAUUUGACAUACGCGCGAUUCGUGCUCCAGAAUUUAGCAUAUUUCGACUACGUCUCCUUCGAAGAUGUCAACCUCGUCGCAUUAGGCCUGGAAAAGAUUGUGGGGAACAUCGGAACCACAGUAGUUCAUCACAUCGAGACCGAUAUCCUUCAGAUCAGUCUUGACACCACGGAGCCUACAAAGCCUGUAGAUCCCCUGGUUAAGAGGAGACUGUGUAUGGCCUCCGUUGUUUUGAAUAUGUGCUGGAAUACGAGGACCUAUUUGAGAAAGCUUUAUGGAGUUACUUCUGAAGCGAUGGCGAAGAAGGCGAAGAAUACCAAGGAGCUGACCAAAGCUCCAACGAGAGUUGUGGGGAUGGGGGGCAGGGGUUUGUGGGACGAAAUGGGGGAGUUAAUCAUGGCCUUGGAUAGUGAUAUUGGAGUGGAUAACCAGUUUCGAGAAUUUGUGGAGCUUCUCACCGUUGACAGCGAGUUCAAGCGUACUACCGAACACGAAGACGACGACCUUUUCGGUGGUGGUGGUGGUGACGAUGAUGACGACGACGACGGCCCCGGAGCAGGAGGAGCUGACGCUGCUUCUCAUCGUGCUCGAGGUAGGCCACGAAAACGGAAGACGGGAACGACGCCGCCACCCCAACAUAAACCGGCUAAGAGGCGUAAGAAGAAGGGCGACGGCUCGCCUGUCGACGAUGGCGGCAGAGAUGAUGGUGACGAUUAG